CAACAGUAGCGCGUCAACCACCACCACCCCCUUCUCUGUCACCCUACAACAAUAAAAGGGAUUCAACAAUUACAAACAUAAAAAUAAAGCGCCUCAGAAACUCACAUGAACGCGAAUAAACCCCGCGGGUUGUGACGUGUCACCGCGCGCGGCCAUGCUGUCGGACGCAGAUUACUGUGGGAGUGCCUCUGGGGCUCGGCGAGCCAAGAAGCGGAGCUCCGGGGAGGCACCGGGCGACAGCGCGACCCUGCGCACCUCCGGGCGGCAGAGCAACGUCCGGGUGAAGCGCGCCAACAACCCUCCACCUGGACAGAGCAAAAGAAAAGCCACCGACACGGAGGAGGAAGACGAUCAGUCGGAGAAGAAGUACAGGAAGUGUGAGAAGGCUGGAUGCUCGGCCACGUACCCUGUCUGCUUUGCGAGUGCCUCUGAAAGGUGCGCUAAAAACGGAUACACGUCUCGAUGGUAUCACCUGUCGUGUGGCGAACACUUCUGCAACGAGUGCUUCGAUCACUACUACAGGAGUCACAAAGAUGGCUAUGAGACGUUUGCGUCGUGGAAGAAGGUGUGGACUAGUAAUGGGAAGAGUGAGCCCAGUCUUAAAGCUUUCAUGGCCGAUCAGCAACUGCCGUACUGGGUUCAAUGCACCAAACCGGACUGUAGGAAGUGGCGUCAGCUGACCAAGGAGAUCCAGCUCACCGCUUCCCUUGCAGCGACAUAUCGGUGUGGAAUGAAGUUCAACAACAUCAAGAGUGAGGGACCGGACCACUGCUCCCAACCAGAGGACUUGAGAGUAGCCGAGGUGAGCGACAGCUGGUGGCAUUCCAUGCUGAUUCUGCCGCCGCUCUUCAAAGAAAGUCCCGCUGGCCCUUUCCUCGCCGCCUACUACCCCGAUUGCGUGGGCAUGAGUCCGUCGGGCUCCGCCAGCAACGUGUCUCUGACUGAGCUGAGGGCAGACCACUGCAGAGCCGUGCAGCCAAAUAUUCCAGGUCUGUGUCCGUAUUUCCAACCCUUCUACCAACCUAAUGAGUGUGGCAAGGCUCUGUGUGUGCGGCCCGAUAUGAUGGAGCUGGAUGAGCUUUACGAGUUUCCAGAGUUUUCCCGCGAUCCCACCAUGUAUUUAGCUCUGCGGAACCUCAUUCUGGCUUCCUGGCACAAGAACUGCAAGGAGAUGCUGACCUCUCAGAAAUGUGCCCAGCACAUCAUCGCCCGGGGGUUGGUGCGUGUGCGAUGCGUGCAGGAGAUGGACCGGGUGCUCAACUUCAUGACCCGGAAGGGUCUGAUCAACACAGGUGUGCUGGCGGUCAAACAGCCUCUCCUCCCAGAAAGACAUCACUCCAAGAACGUCAUCGUCAUCGGUGCUGGAGCUUCAGGCCUCGCUGCUGCGCGGCAGCUGCAAAACUUUGGCACUCAGGUGGUGGUGCUUGAGGCGAGGGAGAGAAUUGGAGGUCGAGUGUGGGAUGAUCCCUCUUUGGGCGUCACUGUAGGUCGAGGGGCUCAAAUUGUCAACGGCUGUGUGAAUAACCCUGUCGCCCUGAUGUGUGAACAGAUGGGCGUGAAGAUGCACAAGCUGGGCGAGCGGUGUGACCUCUUUCAGGAGGGAGGACAGGUCACUGAUCCGGCCAUUGACAAGCGCAUGGACUUCCACUUCAACGCCAUCCUGGACGUGGUGUCCGAGUGGAGGAAAGACAAGUCGCAGAACCAGGACACGCCACUGGGAGAAAAAGUCCAGGAGGUGAAGAAGAACUUUCUGCAGGAGUCUGGGAUCCAGUUUAGUGAGUUGGAGGAGAAAGUGCUUCAGUUUCAUCUCAGCAACCUGGAGUACGCCUGUGGAAGCACGUUAGACCAGGUAUCGGCAAGAUCCUGGGACCACAACGAGUUCUUUGCCCAAUUCUCAGGAGACCACACUUUACUCACCAAGGGCUUCUCUGUUCUGCUACACAAAUUGGCCGAAGGCCUCGACGUCCGCACAAAGUGUCCGGUUCAGGCCAUUGAUUACUCAGGUGACGUCGUCAGAGUUACCUCCUCCAACGGGUCCCAGUUGACGGCACAGAAGGUUCUCGUUACAGUCCCCUUGACUUUACUACAGAAGAACUUGAUUCAGUUCAACCCUCCACUUCCUGAAAGGAAACUGAAAGCAAUCCACAGUCUGGGAGCUGGUAUCAUAGAAAAGAUUGCUCUCCAGUUCCCGUACAGAUUCUGGGACAACAAAAUCCAAGGGGCCGACUACUUUGGUCACAUCCCACCAGGUCCGGACAAGAGAGGCAUGUUCAGUGUUUUCUAUGACAUGGAUCCACAGGGGAAGCAGGCCGUCCUCAUGUCAGUCAUCUCUGGUGACGCCGUACCUGCUGUCCAGGACAUGGACGACAAGGAGGUGGCCGACGAGUGCAUGAAGGUUCUUCGCGAACUCUUCAAGGAACAGGACGUCCCAGAGCCACUGCAUUUCUUCGUCACACAUUGGAGCAAGGACGUGUGGUCCCAGAUGUCUUACAGCUUUGUGAAGACGGGGGGCAGCGGAGAGGCCUACGACAUCCUCGCCGAAGACGUACAGGGCAAAGUGUUCUUCGCUGGAGAGGCCACCAACAGACACUUCCCUCAGACUGUGACAGGAGCCUACCUCAGUGGGGUCCGAGAGGCCAGCAAGAUGGCUGCCAUGUAAAACUGUCGGUACCAGAGUGCUCAAAAAAAACAAAAAACACCAGCAUGGACACACGGGUCACACUGAGACACAGACCGUUCAUCAACUCAGUUACUCAUGAAGUUCCACCACACUGUGAUGUGUCUGAUUUAAAAAGAUGCUGUGAGUCACUGUCAGAAAGUGGAGCUUCUCCUGGACCUGGUUCCACAUAUUGAACACACUACAGUUUCAAAGUGAGUUUAAUUUAUAUCACACACCAGCCGGUUUUAGUUUGCCGACAAGAUGCAAAAAAACAAAACAAAAACAUAAUGGUGUUUGAAGGAAGAACGGUUUGUCCCUGUGUUGCUCCGGCCUCUUCCCCUGUGCUGGAAAACAGGAUGAUGUUGAUCUUUGAGUUAGAUGAUGGAUGUUCUUAGCACUUCUGUGAUGAAAUGGAUGGGAAUGUUUGGGGGGGGGGGUUUUGAGAUUAGGCCGCAUGAAACAUUGGUUAACUCUCAGUUGUCUAAUCAUGAAUACAAACAAUAAUAUUCAAUCUCUAGGGAUCAAGUUUUAAGAGAUGAUAUUUGAAAGUAUCUUUUGAGAGUUCCAUACCAAUGUUUUAUACAGCUUUGAUGAAUUUGCAUUGUAUUGCAUGUGAUGUUGGUACAGAUGGUGUAGGGUAAGUUAUGUACUAUUAGCCCUUCUGCGAUAGCACUUUUGAUUUAGAGCAACUAUUUGAUUUAAAAAAAGAAAACACAAGUUGAAUUGUUGUGGCUGAGAAUGAUCAGAAGACACCGGAUCGUCCCCCUUACUCUCUCAGGGAUGUGAUCAGGAUCAGGAUUACACCACCACCAUCACCUAGCAACUAAUGACACAAGAAAAUAAUGUGAUUGGACAAUUUUUGAAGAUCAUGGUAAAAAAAAGAAAAAAAAAGAAGCUACACAACAAACCAAAGGAGAAACACAAAGAAAGUCUUCUUUAUUCCUCCUUAGUUCUUGUGGUUUGGAAGCAACGUCCUCUCUUUUCUUUGAUCAAUGUUGACUAAUUAUUAUGCUUUACAUGUGGAGUCAUAUCUAAAUGAUCAUGUCCUGUCUGUUUGACAUCACAGUGCUCGAGUAUUUAUCUUAUAUAUGUGUGUGUGUAUGUGUGUGUGUGUGUGUGUGUAAUAAACUGAGCUAUCAACUGCCACUAUAUCAGCUGCUGAUCGCUUUGACUUGUG